AUGACGAGGCGCUGCGGCUACGCCGAUGAACACGCCUUCGGCGGCGAGUGCGACUACCAGGCUAUUGACCAAUGCAAGCUACUAGAGGAAUCGCUAUUCUAUGUUAAGGAACAUGCCUAUUAUAUGCGUCAGGCACUGGAUGCUAAUGAUUUGGGGGAGGCGCUGAAGCGUGGCAUCAACGUCAUUAGUGAGCUGCGCACUUCAAGCCUCACACCGACAAACUACUAUGAACUCUACAUGAAGGUUUUCAACGAAUUGCAGAUGCUGUCAGAUUUCAUGGGAAACGAUGAAAAACGAGGAAUGAAACUAAAACAGCUAUACGAAACAGUACAGCAAAGCUCCUUCAUUAUUCCACGACUAUACCUCCUCAUUAUGACAGCAUCUCAUUGCAUCAGGGAAGGAAUGGCAUCGUCUAAAGAAAUUUUAAGUGACGUCACUGAACUAUGCAGAGGAGUUCAACACCCUGUUCGCGGACUCUUCUUGCGAUACUUCCUAAUACAGAUAUGCAAGGACAAACUUCCAGAUUCAGACUGCGACAAUCCCAACGGAACAUCAGAGUCAUUUGAAUUCUUGAUGGGAAAUUUCAAAGAAUCCGUAAGACUAUGGGUUAGGCUUAACGACGGAUGUACGAGCCUCAUGGAUCAGAGGAGACGGGAUAAACAACGCCUGGAACUUGGACUCCUAGUCGGAGCUAACCUGGUACGCAUGGCCCAGCUGGAACGUCUGGAUAGCGAAUUUUACACCAAUAUUGCACUACCUAAAAUUCUGGAGGAAAUAGCCGCUACAAGAGAUGUCGCUGCAAAAAAGUAUCUACUUGACUGCCUUAUACAGGCAUUCUCAGACGAAUACCACCUCAAGUCCUUGUCCAACAUCUUGAAGGUUAUUGUAAGUUCAAUAUCGUCAAACGAAUGUGUCAAAGUUUUGACAAAUCUCAUGAAUAGAUUGUCAAACUAUUUCCAAUCAGCAGAACCGAGCAGCACCGAAGCAAACACAGGGGACGUAUUUGAAGUCUUCCACGAACAUCUAAGUGCAGUCAAUAUGAGGGAAGGUAUAACGCUCAAGAGCUUUUUAGACCUACAAGCCAGUUUUGUAGAGUUUACAACUACCGUAUAUCCUGGUAUUAUUGAGCAUGUUGAGGUGAUCCUCAACCACGUGGUAAGUGUUCUGCAGUCGUGCAGAUCGGAUGAUCAUGUUGUCGAAGAGGAGGCAUGUGAGAGCAUUGUAAAACUACUCACGCUGCCGCUGCGCACCCUUGGUCUUAGGUCACUCGAUAUGAACCACAAUGACCCACUACUGGGUUUCUUACCAAAGCAUAUGCACGGGAAUGUCGCUCGUGCCAUGGUUGACGCUUUGGUAGAGUCGCAACUAAAAAUCGAUAGUUGUGAAAUUUUCGAGUCGUUCUGUCGGUAUCUCGGCUCAUUCUUCGAACCAACUGAUUUUGAAUACUCUGAGCAACAGAUACGGGAGGAUCAGAACCAUGUUUCCAGGUUCAUCCAAACCAUCGAAUCGUAUGAGGUUGAGGAUCAAUUCGCCAUAUACAGACGCCUCGCGGAUCGGUUGAUACGCCGUGGCCCAAUGUUUUAUCGCCACAGCAUGCCUGCAUUAAUUGUGCGUUCACUGCAAUUGGUAUUCAGGCCGUUCGAACCUCCCGGUGAAAGCACACCCGUUCAGCGAGUUGAAGAUGCAAGUGACGCGGCUGAUAUGGCAAUCAUCAUUUUCAAGUUCGUCAACGACCUUUUAUCUAUGAUUCAGCCACUUAUACCAGAAGAGGCCCUGAAGUUGUCCAUGCUAGCCGCCAUGACGGUAAACGAAGUUUGUGUUCUAAUGGACCUAGACAUGAACAUAGAAUCAAAUUAUUCGAACUUCGGCACCGUAUGUUACAACUUUAUCGCAACAGCUUGUGUGAUUUUCGAGGAGGAAUUGAUAGAAUCGCAGAGGCAGCAUAGAUGUCUGCUCUAUUUAAUCUCAGCUUUUUGCUCGAAGAUAACGGUGUUACACGCGGAACAUCAUUCUAGCAUGGCUAUGCGUCUUGCAAAAUACAGUUUGGGAAUGCUGAAACUCGACCAGCAGUGCUCGGCACUGGCACACGUGGCUGCAUCUUUUGCUCAUUGUGGAGACUCGUCAAAGGUGACGUGGGCACUGCGACGAUCUCUUUCACUCACAGCUCAACAUCAGUUUGCUAAGCCGGAGUACAUACGUGAGUCUCUCGCACCUGUGAGGGACGUAGCUGUUGGACUCCAGAAACGGUUCGACCUCUCUGACCUUCUGGACGCCUUGGACCGGUACUGA